AGUGUUUCCGGGUCGGUGUGAGGUUUGAAUGCUCUCUGUUGUAAUCAGGUCGAGGCUGUUAUCACCUCCACCUGCUCACUUUUCACACUUUUUACGGGUUUAUAGCAGAAAAAAACAGUGCGAGCCUUUUAUAGUGUCAUGAAAGAAAUGUCGAGCACCAUGCCGGGUGGGCAGCAGCAGCCACAGAAACACUAUGGCAUCACCUCUGCCAUCAGCCUGGCCCCCCCACGAGAAAUAGACCACCAGUACACCAAGAAGCUCUGUGAUGCUAUGAAACCUUUUGGGGUGUUUGAGGAUGAAGAGGAGCUGAAUCACAGACUUGCAGUUUUGGGAAAGUUGAAUAACUUUGUUAAAGAAUGGAUCGCAGAGAUCAGUGAAUUAAAGAACCUUCCUCCGUCAGCCAUCAGCUGUGUUGGAGGAAAGAUUUUUACAUUUGGUUCAUACAGACUCGGAGUUCACACAAAAGGUGCUGAUAUCGAUGCCUUGUGUGUGGCUCCUCGACAUGUAGAGAGAAGUGACUUUUUCCAGUCUUUCUUUGAGAAGUUGAAACAGCACGAAGAGAUCAAAGACCUCAGGGCUGUUGAGGACGCUUUUGUACCUGUGAUAAAGUUCAAAUUUGAUGGCAUAGAGAUUGACCUGCUCUUUGCCAGACUGGCCUUACAGUCCAUCCCAGACAACCUAGACCUGAGAGGAGACUCCAUCCUCAGGAACCUGGACAUUCGCUGCAUCCGCUCCCUCAACGGUUGUCGAGUGACUGAUGAAAUUUUGUAUCUGGUGCCAAACAAAGAAAAUUUCAGACUGACGCUUAGAGCGAUCAAACUGUGGGCCAAACGCCGGGGGAUCUAUUCCAACAUGCUUGGGUUUCUUGGCGGUGUGUCUUGGGCGAUGCUGGUGGCUCGGACCUGUCAGCUCUACCCCAACGCUGUUGCUGCUACGCUCGUCCACAAAUUCUUCCUGGUCUUUUCCAAAUGGGAGUGGCCAAAUCCUGUGUUACUGAAACAACCUGAGGACAGUAACCUGAAUCUACCUGUAUGGGACCCCAGAGUAAACCCCUCUGACAGAUACCACCUCAUGCCCAUCAUCACACCUGCCUAUCCCCAGCAGAAUUCCACAUACAACGUCUCCACGUCAACACGCACCAUCAUGAGCGAGGAGUUCAAAUAUGGCCUCAGCGUCACAGAUGAGAUUCUUCAGGGAAAAGCUGAGUGGCCAAAACUUUUUGAACCUCCAAACUUUUUCCAAAAGUACAAGCAUUACAUCGUCCUGACUGCCAGCGCAUCUACAGAAGAAAACCACUUGGAAUGGAUCGGGUUGGUGGAGUCAAAGAUCAGAGUUCUGGUUGGAAAUCUGGAGAGGAACGAGUACAUCACACUGGCUCACGUCAACCCUCAGUCCUUCCCCGGGUCCAAAGAAAACCGCAACGAGAACGACUUUGUGUCCAUGUGGUUCAUCGGGAUCAGCUUCAAGAAGGUGGAGAAUGCUGAGAGCGUCAACAUUGACCUGACCUAUGACAUCCAGUCCUUCACAGACACAGUGUACAGACAGGCCAACAACAUCAACAUGUUGAAGGAGGGGAUGAAGAUUGAAGCGACACACGUAAAGAAGAAGCAACUCCAUCAGUACCUUCCUCCUGAGCUGGUGCAGAAAAAGAAGAGGAGCAUAGCAGAGCUGAACCGCAGCUCUAAUGGGGGCAGCUCGAAGCGGAUCUCUCUGGACAGCUCUCACCUGGACAGUUCCAGAGACACAGACUUAGGGACCCCGUUCAGCUCUCCCACCACCAAACCUGCCAAACCUACAUCUGACACAGAAGACAGUGUCAGUCCUCCCAAACAGCUGUUUGUGGAGGGUUCCCCUGCACCCACCGCUGCACCCACCGCUGCUCCCACCGCUGCUCCCACCACUGCUCCCACAGCUGCUCCCACUGCUGCUCCAGCUAAAACACCCAGUCCUGCUCCAGGUCCCACACCCACUGCUGCAGCAUCGGGUCCUGCUGCAUCUCCAGCUGCUCAGGACCAGGGCAUGUCCAUCCCUGUUAUCUGUUCAAAGACUCACGUCAAAGUGAGGCCCCCCUCUCCUCCCUCCAGCAGCUCCAUCAGCUCUGUACUGAGUGGAGACGUCAAGCCCAACGCUGCCAGCAGCCCUCGAGACGAAGCCAACGGUUUGGAGGACUCGCUUAAUGGAGCCGCUGCUAAAAGACCACACUCCCCUUCAGAGGAGGACCCUGCCAAGAGACCCAGAGACUCCUCAGAGGCUGUAUCCAGCGAUGACUGCACAUUCAAAGAGCCGUAUCCUCCCUCUGACACAGAAGGGAACAAUACAACCCCCCUCUCUGGAUCAAAGGCUAAACCCAUUCCAACCAUUGACACCUCCAGAACACAGAGACUGCCCAGCAUGGAGCUGCCUGACGCCUCCUCUCCUCUCCCGGCCAGUAACAGCUGUCGAGUGGUGAAAAACUCCAUCAAACUGGCUCUGAACCGACACAAUAUCACCCCUCCCAAACCCCCAGUGUUUGAGACAACCCCCCCAACAGAGACGCCCCCACCAGCAGAGGAGAAAGGCAUGUCCAUUCCUGUCAUCGGCUCCAAACAUGCUACAUCCAAACACGUGGCGCCCCCUGUUGGCAGCUCCAUCCCCACGUUAGUGAGCCGAGGGGCAGACCCUCUAAACGGAGCCGCCGCUAAGAGACCCCACUCCCCUUCGCUGGAGGAGCAGGCCAAGAGGCUGAAGGAGACCGAGAAGGCCCGGAUCCACAUUGCCUAAAAAAAAAAGAUAACAGAAAAAACAGACAGGACUAUACAGAGACGGGGGGCAGGUCUUACAGACUGGAUCAUUCAGAGAAGGGCAAGGCUUACAAACUGGAUUAUACAGAGAGAGGCAGGGCCUUCAGACGGUGGAUAUUACCUCCCACAGACACAGAAAAUGUCUCCUUGGCUGGCUCAGUUAGCUCCGUUAGCGCGGUUAGCUGUGUUAGCUCCCUGCAGGACCUUUUUACCAGUCAGAGUCGCCGUCUCCUCUCAGUUCAAACAUACAAACGGAGACGUUUUUGUUUCAGUUCCUUUUUCCACUGAACACGUUUUAAAAAGACCUUUCUGGACGGUUUGUGCACACACUUAGACUCUUUGUUUCUCCUGAACACAAACCUGUACAGUAAAUGUUGAUGUACAUAACUUUGUCUUAAAAAGAAGCAAAAGAUCACUGUUGAGUCUUUUGAACAUUUAUUGUAGUUUUAUCUAAAAAGAAAAAAAGUUUAAAAAAUUGAUUUUUUUUUUUUUUUCUCUAUCGCUGUCCAAAAAAGAAAAAAAAGAAACGGUGUGAUCCUUGGAUCUUUUUGUAAACACUGUAAAGGUUUGAUUCAGUUUCAGGAGGAUUUCUGACACGCUCACAUGGACCCUCAGAGGACUGCAGAGAGAGGAGGAGGAGGAGGACGUCAUACCUGCUCAGGUGAACUCGCAACAAGAGGACACACAAUGGACAGGUGUGAAGCUCCUCAGUGUUCACGAUUAAUGCAGAACAUCAGAUUAUUGAUCCUAAUAAGCUGCAGGUGUUCAUCUCAUGGUUUGUUCAAGGUUUCUGCUGUUCUGGUUUGUUUGAACCUACUCUAAAGAUUAUCAGAUCACCUGAAGUUAACCCCCCUAAUGUUCACCAUAAAGCCUGUUUGACUCUGCAGGAUGCUCUGAGAACACAUGGAUGGAGGCUUUGAGUGUGUGUGUGUUUGUGUCUGGAUAUUUGAGCUGCAACAUUCAGUGACUGAAAACUUGACUUGCCAAAUAAUUUAGUAACAAAUAGAUAAAAAUGGUCCAACAUUCUUAUGUGUAACUUUUCUUUUUAUGUUGUUAAAAACAAAGCGUGGAGAUUAAUGUGCAGAUGUGCUCUGACCUCAGAGAUCCUAGAGCGCCCUCUGGCAUGUUGUAAACAGAAUAUAUAGAUAACGGAUCCAGACUGAUUGGUGAUGUUAAAAUCAUUAGGUGCAGCCUGUGUGUGUUGCUGACUGUAUGCAUGCCUGGUUGUGUGUGACUGAAAAGAGAGUAGUCCAUGUGUUUGUUUGUUGACCCUCUGCACCUCCUGUGGAGGUUCCUAAACUUCAUCAGGGGGGGUUUCACAGGUGAGGGGGCAUGUUUCUGCAGCAAGUGUAGGAUUCCAUGUGAUGCUGAGGCUCCACCUCCUCGUCCUCCUCUUCAUUAGAGACUAAAUGUACAGAGAAGAGUUUUUUUCAGAGACGUAUUCUUCUUCAUGCCCGGGGUUUUCUUAUCACUUUAUUUAUAUUGACAUAUUUGUACCAUGUGAGAUUUUUUUUAAUAGCAUCAUAGCAGGUAGGUCUCUUUGAAUGAACUCUUCAUCUCUCUGUGUUUCUGACAGACGGACAGACAUGUAGAUGUUUGUUUCUAAACUGUAUUCAAAGGGUAUUUUUCUAUGUGUUUAUCACCUCCUUUAAUGAGUCUGUACACCAUUAAACCCCAAAAAAUA